AUGGUUUUUGUUAAAAUACUUUUUUUCGUUAUUUUGUCAAUUUUGGGGUCCACUGGCAUCAAUGGAGACGAUAUUUAUACAGGCAUAACCAAGGCUCCUGGAAAUUGGGGUGCUUGGUACACGUGUAGUGAUAUAGACACACGUUACGUCAGUUUUGCAAUGAAUAUCGUUGAUUCGAGCACACCGAUGACUCCGGGAUUUAUCGGGACAAUUAUACCAGGUGUACCGCCAGAAAAACCAAUUCCAAAAUAUCGACCAGGAUUAAUGGUUUAUCAAUUAGCUAAUUCCGAAAUGCAAAAAUACUUGGUGGAUCCAACAUCCGAUUUCGAAUACGUACCAUCAUUGUCUUGUUAUGAUAAACCGAGAGCAACUUGUAAACAAGAUGCUGGUAAAAUCCCAUUACAAUUCAGUACUAAACAAUGCUUGUUAAUGGAAAAUCCAACUGGUCUCGAUAUUGUUUUUAAUGUUUCAUUAUCAUGGACAAAAUCAAUUUUUAAUUCCGAUGUUCAAAGUCCUAAUGUACCCGGUGGACUUGAUUCAACCACAACCACCACAGAUGUUUCUUCUGCGACCUCUAGUUCUUCCCCAACUACCGUAUCUAAUCCCAAUUCUUCUUCUUCGUCGAGUUCUGCAUUCA